CCACACAAAGUAUUGUCGAUUUUCCAACUCAUCCCAACAUAACCUCAUUUCUUAAAAGUUAUUAAAAAGCUGCAAACAAUGGAAGUGAUGGACGUGGUUGUUCCCGAAAAGGACGAGGGUAGCCCCGCGGAGGUUAAACCAAAUCUCCAGGACUGCGAUAUGGAGGAUUUAUACACUAAAUACAAGAAACUACAGCAAAUGCUUGAAUUCCUUGAAGUCCAGGAAGAAUAUAUCAAAGAUGAACAACGUAACUUAAAGAAGGAAUAUUUGCAUGCCCAGGAAGAAGUGAAGCGCAUCCAAUCGGUCCCUUUGGUUAUUGGUCAAUUUCUUGAAGCUGUGGAUCAAAAUACGGGAAUUGUAGGGUCUACAACUGGCUCAAACUACUAUGUCCGCAUUCUCUCUACAAUUGACCGCGAACUCCUUAAACCCUCAGCAAGUGUAGCUCUACAUAAACAUAGCAAUGCUCUCGUUGAUGUUCUUCCACCUGAGGCAGACUCCUCCAUCAGCAUGUUGCAGGCUGAUGAAAAACCUGACGUUCAGUACAGUGACAUUGGUGGUAUGGAUAUGCAGAAGCAAGAAAUUAGGGAAGCAGUGGAACUUCCUUUAACACAUUUUGAGUUAUAUAAACAAAUUGGUAUUGAUCCUCCACGGGGAGUUUUGAUGUAUGGUCCACCUGGUUGUGGCAAAACUAUGUUGGCUAAAGCUGUAGCACACCACACUACAGCCGCUUUUAUAAGAGUUGUGGGCUCUGAAUUUGUCCAGAAAUAUCUAGGGGAGGGUCCUAGAAUGGUGCGUGACGUCUUUAGGUUAGCGAAAGAAAACUCGCCAGCCAUCAUUUUCAUUGAUGAAAUUGAUGCAAUUGCCACAAAAAGAUUUGAUGCGCAGACUGGAGCUGAUCGGGAGGUACAACGUAUUUUGUUGGAGUUGCUGAAUCAGAUGGAUGGUUUUGAUCAAACAACUAAUGUUAAGGUGAUAAUGGCUACUAAUCGCGCUGAUACAUUGGAUCCUGCCCUUCUAAGACCUGGUAGGUUGGACAGAAAGAUUGAGUUUCCAUUACCGGAUCGCAGACAAAAAAGAUUAAUUUUCAGCACAAUUACGUCAAAGAUGAAUCUCUCUGAAGAGGUGGAUUUGGAAGAUUUUGUUGCGAGACCUGAUCGCAUUUCAGGAGCUGAUAUUAACGCAAUUUGUCAAGAGGCUGGCAUGCAUGCAGUCCGAGAAAAUCGCUAUAUAGUAUUACCGAAAGACUUUGAAAAAGGUUAUAAAAAUAACAUAAAGAAGGAUGAGAGCGAGCAUGAAUUUUACAAAUAAGCUAUUUUGUGUAAUAGAAUAAUGUGUAAAAGUA